AUGACACCGUCCCCAUCCCAUCCCCGUCCCACCCCCACCCUCCUUUCGAAAACAGCCCCCCUCCCCGCCUCCACCUUCCUCCUCCACCCGUCCUUGCACCCCGCCUCACACUUCGUCCUCAUCCCCGCUGCCCAGCACGCAACGCUCCAGCCGGCCCCCUUCGUCUCCAUCAACUCCCGCCUCGCCACCCUGCGCACCACCGAGCACUUCCUCCCUACCCUCCAUCCCGUCCCGCCGGUCGCCCUUCUCUCCCCCUCUCUCUGGCUCUCCGUGCAUAGGCCCAUAUCCAUCCUCCCAUCGCAACCCUCCGCCGUCGCCCUCGUCGUCCUCGCCCCACUCUUCCCGCCACUCCGCGCCCCGCACGCGCAAGCCGUCGCGCGUCUAGCCGCCAAGGCGCUUAGAGGCCGCGACGCGCUUCCAGGGGAUGUCGUGCCUGUUUCGCGCGGCGUGUUCGUCGUCGUUGCCCGCGUUCAGGGGGAGGGUGGUAUCUCAACUUCUACCAAGGUAGCCGUGCAGCUUGGCGGCGCGCCGACGGUCGCGAACGUUGCGCCCGAGCUUGCGGCAUGCGCUAGAGCGAAGUGGAUGGCCGAAGAGUUUUGUCGGGUGAAGGAGUUUGUCGCAGAGUUAGACGCGUGCGUGAGGCAACGCGCGCGCGUCAUCGCGCUCGCGGGCUUGGAGAAAGAUGCGGCGGAUGUGAUCGACGUGUAUGAGGCGGCGGCGCCCGUGGUGAGAGUGGACGGCCAUGAGAAGCUCGGCAAGGUCGGCGACGCUUUGAUUGCGGCAAGGCAAACGACCCCGCCUGGCGUGGUCGUUUGUGCGGCCGAAGGCGGCGUAGAUACGGCCGUCGUCGGGCUUUUGCUUAACUCGGCUGUAGGAGAAAAGCCGAUGGGGUGGCAUGAGGCAGAAGGUGGCGAUGAAACGAUUGUUAUUUUUACAUGUGAAGAAGUGGCCAACUUGCCGCCGGCCGUGUUGACGCGAGUUGAGGCCGAAGUGAUCGUGCCAGCAGUGACAGAAGGGGAGAGGAUGCAAGCUGUGAGCCAGGCCGUGCAGGAAGAUGCAGCCGAGACGGAUAUUCAGGAGAUUGCGAGGAUGAGUACUGGAUUUGCGCGCGCGGAAGUAGCGGGGCUUGCGAGCGUCUACGUGGAUAGUGGAAUAAAGUCUUGCCGGGAGGCUGUCAAGCUGUUUGGGAAGGGAAAGCUCACGGUUGAUGUCGGCGGAGUGAAAUGGGGGGAUAUCGGAGGCCUCAGCGCUCCAAAGGAGGAGAUUCUCGAGCUUGUUGACUUGUCAUCAGAUCCUACAAAAGGGCAUAGCGACGGAGACGUCGUUGUAAACACGAACAGGAGGGUUGGAGUGCUUCUGUACGGACCACCAGGAACUGGAAAGACGCUUCUCGCAAGAGCGGUCGCUGGGGAAUGCGGCUGUAGCUUCAUUUCAGUGAAGGGACCAGAAUUGCUCGACAUGUAUGUGGGGGAGAGUGAAAAGAAUGUGCGAGAAGUUUUUGCACGAGCCGCAACUGCAGCACCAUGUGUCGUCUUCUUCGAUGAGUUAGAUGCGCUCGCGCCGGCUCGCGGACGCGGUGCCGAUUCUGGAGGGGUGUCCGAUCGCGUCGUUAGUCAGCUCUUGUCUGAAUUUGAUGUGAUUGCUUCUCGAAACGACGUCUUUAUUAUCGCAGCAAGCAACAGACCAGACCUCGUAGACCCAGGAUUGCUGAGACCUGGUAGGUUGGACAAGAUGAUUUAUGUAUCAAUGCCGGGUUCGAGAAAGGAACAGGAGGCGAUUUUGAAGGCGCAAACGAGAAAGUUCCAGCUGAAAGGCGAAAUCGAUUUUGAGGAGGUCCUCGAGAAUGCGCCUCCACCACCGACGCUCAGUGGUGCCGAUUUGUAUUCGCUUGCGGCGGGAGCUUGGAUGCAUGCCGCAAAAGAACUCGUAGGAAGCGAGCUUGACGAUGAAGAGACUACUGCUGACGGUUCGAAUUCGGUUGAAGAUGACCCUGUCGAAUUAGCCGUAAAAGAAGCCGCGGAUUGGGCUGAACGGCAGGAGUUUCGCAGAGAAUGGCUCUCGGAAGCUAAAGCGGAUUCUCACACGAACGGCUAUGCCGAAGAACGAAAUAGCUUUGGAAAUCAAUCAGGGGUACAAGUUUCGCAAAUGGAUUUCGUAGCGGCCGCGAAGGAAUUGAAGCCGUCGCUGAACUCAAAGCAAUUACAAGAAUAUGAAGAGCUAAGGGUACGCAUCGAAACGGGAGUGUGA